CGUAAAGCAUUUUUUUAAACCAUCAGUCAUGGCUGCGCUGGAGACGGUGCCGAAGGAUCUGAGGCAUUUGCGAGCUUGUCUUCUUUGUUCAUUGGUUAAGACCAUCGAUCAAUUUGAGUAUGACGGUUGUGAUAACUGCGAUGCCUAUCUGCAAAUGAAGGGAAAUCGAGAGAUGGUGUAUGACUGCACCAGUUCUUCUUUUGAUGGGAUUAUAGCAAUGAUGAGUCCUGAAGACAGCUGGGUGUCUAAAUGGCAACGGAUCAGUAAUUUUAAGCCAGGUAUCUAUGCAGUAUCAGUGACUGGACGGUUACCCCAGGGUAUUGUGAGGGAACUGAAAAGUCGAGGUGUUAUCUACAAAUCAAGAGACACUGCUAUCAAAUCUUAAUGCCUUCAUUGUGCAUCCUGUCUAAUGUCUACAAUUGGGAUUCCCCUUCUAUUUCUGACUGGAAACAUUUGUAUCAAUCUCAAUUGAAAUAUGUUUUGAUAUAUUGGUGUGGCGUAGCAUCCAAAUCUGUUAUGUUUAUAGACACAGUCCAAAGAAGUUAAUUGGAGAAUCUAAAUUCCGCAGACGUGGUUCAUCUUGGUUAAGGUAAACAUUUAUCUACAAGGUAAAGGAUAAAAUGUUGUUUUUAUCCAUCACUAAGUCUAAUGUGAUUGUUUUGUGAAAUUUAGAAUAAAGUACUGCUAGAUGCAGAACAGAUGUCAGUGCAAAUUUAGAUACUUUAAGGUAAAAUAGUUUUUGAAAGGAGGAGGAAAAGUAUUGAAACACUUUUUUUAGAACCAAUAGAAUGGCUGAUACUAACUUCAAAUGUUAAAAGUGUCUUGCUAUCUUCUCAAGCAAUUCUUAAGGAUUGAUGCUUACUUGCCUGUACACCAGUUCAUGUGCUCCAUCAACGGGGAUGAUGCAAGGAAAAAUGGAAUGUAUGGUGGGGAGAGGACCAAGGGUAAUGUGGGAGUAUCAGUGAAUGGGACUGAUCAACAUGAUAGUUGGACCAGGAGCACUAGUUGAGGUUAGUCUUGGCAUAUGGAGUAGUAUUGCUUGUCAGAAUUCAGCAUAUUUGGCACUAGACUGUAUUCUGAGAGUAUAGCCUUUUUGGUGGGAGGGAUGGGAUUGCUGGAUUUAAUUGGAAAGUAGGCUUGGCAGUGUUGUAGCAGAAGAAAUGCAAUAGCUUGUCAGGGAUGGAUUUGAUGUUGAGUGACAAUAACCUUGGUUGGGGUGGAAUUCUUGGAUGGUUGUGUAUCUGUUAGGAUUGGCUUUAAAUGAGUGACAUUUUAAUUUUUUUUCCAGUGUUUGGGUAGCCCCAGAGUAUUUCUAGGGUGGAUAAUCCCAAAGGCAGUUAAGUAUUGACCUAACUGAAUCUUCAGCAACAACCUGCAAGAUGAUCUGCCAGGCUAGACUCCCCAUUUAGUCAUCCUUUAAAAGCCUGCUUUUGUAAGUGCCCUAUAAUGCUGGAGACUCUGUAAGUGUUUGGACAUUAUUGAAGUGACAUCCAGAUACCUGCUGGUUGUGAUGGCAUUUGAAAUACAAGGAAUAGAAAUUGCUGAUUUUAAACAC